AUGGCAUACGAUCCGCCUUUCCGCUUCAUGGACAUGCCGCGCGAGCUGCGCGACCUCAUAUAUGAUAAAUUCAAGCGCGACUUCGACCUGGGCGAUCCUAUCCUGGGUCUCUCUGCAUGGCAAUCGCGACUUGUAAGUGCAGACAUGACGUCAGGACCGCAAGCAUCAUUGCUUCGCGYUAGCAAGAAGUUCAGCGCGGAGUACAGGGAGUAUGUGAAGAGGACGGCGGCCGUGGUGAUUGAGGACCGCCACCUCUAUCCCGAACUCAUCGAUUGGACAUCAUCCCUUCACGAGCCUCUCAAGCAUAUCAACAAGGUCCAGCUGUGUGUAUGGAGACGAGGCAACGACGCUUUGUUGACCGAGCGGGUAGUACGUCGAUGGGUGUCACGUCUGCAGUCGCUGUCGGGCGAUUCGCUGCAGAUCAAGCUCAUUUUGAAGCUCUGCGGGGCAGAUGGGGACCACUACUUCCCAAAUGUCAACGGAAGCGAUCCUAUAUGGAAGGCUAUCUCGGCAUAUACUCUCCCAGGGGGUUGUGGAAAUGCAGAUCGAAGGCCGGAUCAGGGGCUUGACGGGCUCGCGGGUGUUGAGAGUGUUGAGGUACGCUACACGCGACACAAUCCUUGUGAGGCGUUAAAAGAAGGACCGAUACCUAGCAGAUACAAAGUCUAUGGGACUUGGACGAUCGGGCAGGGUUGGAGAUCUGGGAAGCUUGAGGAGGGCUAA